CAGCCGCAGGGAGGAGGGGCACAGUCUCGCGAGAUCAUGCCCUCCCCGGGCGCGCGCACGCUGACCAGCCACGGUCACGCAAUUUACGGCAGUGACCAGUCGGCAGCCGGUGUGUUACGGGAGUUACAUAGCGGCAGGUUUUGCAAAUCCCAGUCGUAAUUCAAUUACUUUUCCUAUGGAUCAAUAAGUCGAGAAUAAAUGGAACUACCUCGUCUAACUGGAGCAUUGCGCUCCUUUUCAAAUGUCUCCAAGCAAGAUGAAUAUAUUGAGGAUACAUCAGAAAUGCUUACAAAAAGAUCAAAAAGGAAAGAAUACUUUUCCAAGACAGGUUUAACUUGGAAGAAUAUAAUUCGGUUUGUUGAGAAUGUACCAAAGAAUGAACAUCAAAUUGUUAAUGAAGAACUCAAGAACAUUUUGAAGGCUGCUAGACAGUUUGUUGGUACUGAAGAGGAACAGGAGGCAGUAGAAAGUGCUGCUGCUUUUCUCUUCAAAACUUUUCAUAAUAAGGACCAUGUUGGACAAGAAGAAACAAAAGCACUUAAACACAUGUUUGGGCCAUUCCCUUCUUCAGCUGCCACUGCUGCCUGUAAUGCAGUGUAUAAAGUUGUCACAUAUUUUUGUGAAGAUGUACUACAAACAUUAAUUUCUACAAAUAAACCUGCAAGCUACAAUUCUCAAGCACAAUUUGGUAAACACAUUAAUUUUUCAUUUGAAUCAUUUACUUUGGAAUGUAUAGAUGAAAUAUCCUUGAACUGCGAGGAAAACAACCACAAGGAUUUCAGUCUAGACUAUAAUAAAUAUGUGAACAAUCAUCAAGAAGAUUAUAAAAAUGGAUUGAUUUAUAGUUCAGAUCUAAAUUCUUCAAACAAAGUGGAUGGCUCAUUUUUAAGGCAACAAGUUAAUAGCUAUAUUGUUCAAACCUUACAAGAGUCAGCAGAUCGACCAACUGCAGAUGACUUGUGUGGUACGUUGUUUGAGAUGCUGGCAUCUUCUAAAAGUGAUGAUGAACUUCAAAAUGAGUUAUUUGAACUUCUUGGACCUGAAGGAUUGGAAUUAAUAGAGCGGCUUUUACAGCACAGGUCUAUGAUCAUUCAAAAGGCUCUCACCCACCCUCUGGAUCUGAAGCCCAAUUACCUUCAAGAUACUUCAAAGAAAGGUUUAGUUGGAAAUUCACAACCCAUAUAUGGCUGCCAAGUCACUGUCCAUUCUGAACAAGAAAAACAAUUAUUAAAACAAUGUCGUAAAGAAGAAAAACGGCAAGCUAAACGAGAAAAAAGAGAUGAAGGGGAAUUUUUGGGUGAUGGACCUCAAUAUUUUGAUCCAAAGGAAUUGCGAAUACAAAGAGAGAAUGCUCUACAGAAUGCAAGAUUAGCGCCAAUUCUUACAAGACAAUAUAAUUCUGAACGAAUUCAUUAUCCACAUGUUUAUGAUUCACAUGGUGAAGCAACACAGACCUCAGCAUUUAUUGCUGGUGCAAAGAUGUUUCUUCCAGAAGGCAUUGAGCGUGAGAAUAACAAAAUCUAUGAACAAGUGGUUAUUCCCGCAACUCAUCCCAUGCCAAUUGGAAUUGAGGAGAAACCGGUUGAAAUCAAGAACUUGGAUGAGAUUGGUCAGAUGGCUUUCAAAGGAAUGAAGCGACUGAACCGCAUCCAGUCCAUGGUAUUUGAGACAGCUUACAACACCAAUGAGAACAUGCUGAUCUGUGCCCCGACAGGAGCUGGGAAAACUAACAUUGCCAUGCUUACUGUUCUGCAUGAAAUCCGACAGCAUAUUCAUCAAGGGGUUAUCAGAAAGGAUGAGUUCAAGAUUGUAUAUGUAGCUCCUAUGAAGGCCUUAGCUGCUGAGAUGACAAAUUAUUUCAGCAAGCGCCUUGAACCAUUGGGCAUCUUGGUGAAGGAGCUUACUGGGGACAUGCAGCUGACCAAAGGAGAAAUUUUACGGACACAGAUGCUUGUGACAACACCUGAAAAGUGGGAUGUGGUAACGCGUAAAAGUGUUGGAGAUGUUGCCUUGUGUCAGAUCGUCAGACUGUUGAUUUUGGAUGAAGUUCACUUACUGCAUGAAGACAGAGGACCAGUUCUAGAAAGCUUGGUGGCACGGACGCUACGACAGGUUGAAUCUACACAGAGUAUGAUCAGAAUUCUUGGUUUAUCAGCUACACUUCCCAAUUACCUUGAUGUGGCAAAUUUUCUCCAUGUUAAUCCAUUUAUUGGGUUAUUUUUCUUUGACGGACGAUUUCGACCAGUGCCUCUAAGCCAAACUUUUAUUGGUGUGAAAACCUCAAAUAAGAUGCAACAACUGCGUGAUAUGGAUGAAGUAUGUUAUGAGAAGGUACUGGAAAAACUGAAGGAAGGCCACCAGGUUAUGGUAUUUGUGCAUGCAAGGAAUUCAACUGUACGUACAGCCAUGGCCCUUCAGGAGAUGGCAAAAAACAGGGGUGAGAUCAUGUACUUCGAGCCAAACCAAAGUGCGGACUAUGGUUCCGCAGAGAAACAGAUUCAGAAAUCCAGAAACAAGCAGUUACGGGAGUUGUUUCCGGAUGGAUUUGGCAUUCAUCAUGCAGGAAUGUUGCGCCAGGACAGGAAUUUAGUUGAAAAUUACUUUUCUCGUGGCCACAUAAAAGUGUUGGUUUGCACAGCUACGUUGGCCUGGGGUGUCAAUCUUCCAGCACAUGCUGUUAUCAUCAAGGGUACUCAAAUAUAUGAUGCAAAACGGGGGUCUUUUGUUGACCUAGGAAUUUUAGAUGUGAUGCAGAUUUUCGGCAGAGCUGGGCGGCCGCAGUUUGACAAGUUUGGUGAAGGGACAAUCAUCACCCCGCAUGAUAAACUGAGUCAUUACUUAACUCUGCUGACUCAACAAAACCCAAUUGAAAGCCAGUUUCUGGAUCGUUUAGCAGACAAUCUAAAUGCAGAGAUAGCUUUAGGAACAGUAACUAAUGUAGAAGAAGCAGUGAAAUGGCUGAGCUAUACCUACCUAUAUGUGCGGGCUAGAGCAAACUCAAUAGCCUACGGGAUCAAUUACAAAGCCUUCCAGAUGGACCCUGGACUGGAAAAAUACAGACAAGAGCUUGUCAUUGAGGCCGGUCGAAAAUUGGACAAAGCCAGGAUGGUCCGCUUUGAAGAGAGAACUGGUUAUUUUUCAAUAACAGAUCUUGGUAGAACUGCCAGUCAUUUCUAUAUUCAAUAUAAUACUAUUGAGACUUUUAAUGAACUGUUUGAUGCUCAUAAGACUGAGGCAGACAUAUUUGCCUUAAUAUCUAAAGCUGAAGAAUUUGAACAGAUCAAGGUAAGAGAGGAAGAGAUGGAGGAGCUCGAUCAACUACUUUGCAAUUACUGUGAGCUGCCUGUUGCAGGUGGAGUAGAGAAUGCCUAUGGAAAAGUGAACAUUCUUCUUCAAACCUACAUUAGCCAUGGCGAGCUGGACAGUUUUUCACUCAUUUCUGACUCUGCAUAUGUUGCGCAGAAUGCAGCUCGAAUUGUCCGGGCACUAUUCGAAGUUUCACUAAGAAGGAGAUGGCCUGCAAUGACAUACAAGCUGUUAAAUUUGUGCAAGAUAAUUGACAGGAGAUUAUGGGGAUGGUGCAAUCCACUACGCCAGUUCUCAGUUUUGCCAGGUCAUGUGCUCUCAAAGUUGGAGGAAAAGAAACUCACCAUAGAUAAGAUGAAGGACAUGCGCAAGGAUGAAAUAGGUCACAUGCUGCAUCAUGUUAACAUUGGAUUAAAGGUGAAGCAAUGUGUUCAUGAAAUUCCUUCCAUAUCAAUGGAAACAACCAUCCAGCCCAUCACUCGAACUGUUCUUCGAGUUCGCCUGACAAUCAAUCCUGACUUCAAAUGGCAUGACCAGACUCAUGGAUCUGUAGGUGAACCUUGGUGGAUUUGGGUGGAAGAUCCUGUGAAUGACCACAUAUAUCAUUCAGAGUACUUCCUUCUCCAAAAGAAACAGGUUUUGUCUAAAGAACCGCAACUGUUGGUAUUUACCAUUCCGAUAUUUGAGCCGUUGCCCUCUCAGUACUACAUCCGGGCUGUGUCUGAUCGGUGGCUGGGAGCAGAGGCUGUGUGCAUAAUUAAUUUUCAAUAUCUGAUUCUGCCAGAGAGGCAUCCUCCUCACACUGAAUUGCUUGAUCUGCAGCCUUUGCCCAUCAGUGCUCUGGGAAAUCGGGAGUAUGAAGCCCUGUACAAGUUUACUCACUUCAACCCAAUCCAGACUCAGAUCUUCCAUACUGUUUAUCACACUGACUGUAAUGUACUACUUGGAGCUCCAACGGGUUCAGGAAAGACGGUUGCAGCAGAACUGGCAAUAUUUCGGAUUUUCAACAAAUAUCCAACAUCAAAGGCAGUUUAUAUUGCUCCUCUCAAAGCACUCGUACGUGAACGAAUUGAGGAUUGGAAAAUCAGAAUUAUGGAAAAACUGGGUAAAAAUGUAGUGGAAUUAACUGGGGAUGUGACUCCAGAUAUGAAGACGAUCAAAGAAGCAGACCUCAUUGUCACAACCCCAGAGAAAUGGGAUGGCAUCAGCAGAAGUUGGCAGAAUAGAAGUUAUGUCCAAAAAGUGGCUAUCCUCAUCAUAGAUGAGAUCCAUUUACUAGGGGAUGAAAGAGGUCCUGUGCUAGAAGUAAUUGUGUCCAGAACUAACUUCAUCUCUUCGCACACUGAAAACCCUGUCAGGAUAGUAGGACUCUCCACUGCCCUGGCAAAUGCAAAGGAUUUGGCUGACUGGUUGGGUAUCCAACAGAAUGGACUAUUUAACUUCAGACCAUCUGUUCGUCCAGUUCCUCUUGAAGUGCACAUUCAAGGCUUCCCAGGCCAGCACUACUGCCCUCGCAUGGCCACUAUGAACAAACCAACAUUUCAAGCCAUUCGGAGCCAUUCUCCAUCCAAGCCCGUGCUGAUCUUUGUAUCCUCCAGACGUCAGACUCGUCUCACAGCUUUGGAUUUGAUAGCCUUUUUGGCAGCAGAGGAAGACCCCAAACAGUGGCUGCACAUGGAUGAGAGAGAGAUGUAUGAUAUAAUUGAGAUGGUGAGAGAUUCUAAUCUAAAACUGACCUUAGCCUUUGGUAUUGGACUACAUCAUGCCGGACUGCAUGAGUGUGACCGGAAACAUGUGGAAGAACUGUUUGUCAAUUGCAAGAUUCAAGUUCUUAUUGCCACAAGCACUUUGGCUUGGGGAGUUAAUUUCCCUGCUCAUCUUGUCAUUGUAAAAGGUACAGAGUAUUAUGAUGGAAAAACGAGACGUUACGUGGACUUUGCAAUUACAGAUGUUCUACAAAUGAUGGGCCGUGCAGGCAGGCCACAGUUUGAUGACCAGGGAAAGGCUGUGAUAUUAGUCCAUGACAUUAAAAAAGAUUUCUACAAAAAAUUUCUGUAUGAACCCUUCCCUGUUGAAUCAAGUUUAUUGGAAGUCCUCUCCGACCAUAUGAAUGCCGAGAUUUCUGCUGGAACAAUCUCAUCCAAACAAGAUGCAAUGGAUUAUAUUACUUGGACUUACUUUUUCCGACGCCUUAUCAUGAAUCCCAGUUAUUAUAAUUUGGAUGAUAUUAACCAUAACAACAUGAACAAAUAUCUGUCCAACCUCGUGGAAAGAUCUCUUUCAGAUCUAGAAUCUUCCUACUGUAUUUCAGUGGGGGAGGAUAAUCGUAGCCUCCAGUCACUGGAUUUAGGACGUAUAGCCUCAUAUUAUUAUUUGAAACACUCAACAGUGAGAAUGUUCCAGAAACAAAUGAAUGCAGAUUGCCAUAUGGAGGACUUGCUCUCAAUUCUAACUGAUGCUACAGAGUAUGCAGAUCUUCCAGUCCGACACAAUGAAGACCAAUUGAACAGUGAUCUGGCAAAGCGACUGCCUCUUGAAGUGAACCCACAUUCUUUUGACAGUGCACAUACCAAAGCCCACCUAUUGCUCCAAGCACACUUUUGCCGAGCUGCUUUGCCAUGUCCUGAUUAUGCCACAGACACAAAAUCUGUAUUAGACCAGUCCAUUCGAAUCUGUCAGGCUAUGCUGGAUGUGGCAGCAAAUAAUGGCUGGCUCGUUACUGCACUCAACAUAAUCAACCUGAUCCAAAUGGUGAUUCAAGGCAGAUGGGUACAUGACUCCUCUCUGAUCACCCUGCCAAAUAUUGAGCAACAACACCUCUACCUCUUCAGGAAAUGGAAUGCAGACAGAAAGAAAAGCCACUCAAAAGGUUAUAAAGGUCCUGUUGAAUGUCUUCCUGAAUUGAUAGCUGCAUGUGAAUGGAGGGAGGAUAUAUUUCAUUCCAUAGUUGCUGAAGAAUUAAAACCUCUACAGAUUUCCCAGGCUUGGAAUUUCUUGUCCCAUCUUCCUGUCAUUGAGGUCAGUCUGAGUAUCAAAGGCUGGGGGGAAAAUGAGAUAACGCUGCCGAAUGUUUCCACUGGCUUGCGAGAUGAGAAAAACUGGACACAGUUGCAUGCAGAUCAGGAACACGUACUUCAAGUCCAUCUAUGCAGGAUAGGGCCACUGCGCAACAAGAGAAAAUAUAGCAGCAAAGCCAUUACACCACGUUUCACAAAAGCCAAAGAUGAAGGCUGGGUUGUCAUUCUGGGGGAAAUAGACAAAAAGGAAUUGGUGGCUUUGAAACGAGUAGGAUAUGUUCGAAAUCAAAGCACUGUUUCUCUAGCCUUCUAUACACCUGAAGUCACUGGAAGGUACAUCUACACAUUCUAUCUAAUGAAUGAUAGCUACCUGGGGCUGGACCAGCAGUAUGACAUUUAUUUGGACGUGAUACCAGCAAGUAUUACUGCUCAGGUCGACAUGGAGGUCUCUGAUGCCAUGAAUGACCUGGCUGUGGCCUGACAUGGUGGGUUUACUGCUGGAAAAACCCAGGAGCAGAGAUCCUGCAAUACAGAUAGUGCUGGAGCCACACUGAAAUUCCAUGAUAUUUGCCUUAGUAGAUGCAACUUCUAACCUCAGAUUCAAAGGAAAUUACAAGUGGCUGCUGAAGUGACUUCCAGCAUGAAUUUUCUGCACAGCUUGGUGGCCUUAUGUAAAUUUGUAUUUUAGAUUACUGCUAUACCAAGAUAAUUUGAGUCUCCUUAUAUUGUUCACCUAUGCACCAGGCAAAAAGCUGAAAGCUAUCUAGUAAGAGUCACAACUUCCUUUAAUAUUACUUUAUAUUGGUUAUGUAUUUGUUAUAGAAGUCAUUGGCACUUUCUUUUUAAAAGAGUAUCUUAUUUUUAAUCAAAAUCACACUUAUUCAGUGAAUACAAAUUUGCCUCUACAACUGGUGUUGAUCAAUGUGAUUACCUAAACGAUAAAGAAGUCAACCUACAGUUUUCUUCAUAACCAAUAAAGCAUGGACUUUAUAUAGUUCUUGUAAUUGAUAUCAGAGUGUAUAAAAGAUUAUUCUAUAUAGUGUAAGUUAUUUUGAAUGAAGAUCAAACUCACCAGGAAUAUCAGCAAGGCAAAAUAAAAGCCUGUACAAUCAGCAUUAAUUUUUUAUGAAAUAAAAGUAUAUUUAAAAAAUCUAUCUGUAUGAUGAGAAAGAAGAUAAGGUAAUAUAAAGGCAAGUUGUGAUUGAAAAUUCAUUCCCAUAUCGACUGAGUGCAGAGGAUAUUCAUUUCCAUGGUAACAUGAAGGCUAAACUUGACACAUUCAGAACUAUGGGGUCAGGUAAACCUAGUAACCUUUCUCUGCAGUGAGAGCUGCAACACUUCAUUUGUCAAUAUCAAUUUAGUUGUAUCUGUAAAAAUUAAGUUGUGGAAAGAAUAGUUACUACCACAAAAAAAAAAUGAUCAUUACUGCCAAAAGGGAAACUGGCAUUCAAUAUAAGUUGAAGUUUACAAUGCUGCUUGCAAAUGUACAAAACCAUUAAACUUUAUGCAAUACCUAUAUUUGUCUUGUCCUGUUUGUUAUAUUAAAACACAGUUAUUGAGGGAUGUAUUAUAGAAUACUUAAAAAGAUGCUAAAAGAGCCUCCUUGUUUCUUGUCCUUUUUAUGAUGAGGGAGUUUUGUAUUUCAUCCAUCCUUAUUAAAUAAUAAAUUAUUUUUUGUUAUUUACCAAUAAUAUAAAGGCUGUAUAAUGCAGUAUAACUGAUUCAACUAAAUGAGUUUUCACUGUGUUUAUUCCAUUAUUUAUACACAUUGAUACUUCUUUUAAUGAAGCAGUUUGUCCAGUAUCUCCCUGUUAUUUGCUUGUUAUAAAGCAGGAUAAUGUGAAAUCCUUUUCAUUGAUAUGUGCAAUAGUAGGAAGGAAUAGGCAAAGGAGUGAAAUGCACUUUGAAAUAGUUGCUUACAAAAUUGCAAUUAUUGUGGUUGUAAGAUUCAAAUUGUAGAACAAUAUUUUAAGUAUAAAAUGUCAAAUGAGUGAGUAGCAACUGCCAGUAAGACUGAACAUAGAGAGAGGGGUUAAAUGUAGCCGUCAUGUUUUUCCUUGAUUGUAUUUUCAAAGCAGCAUAGGAUACAAUAUCAGAAGUAGUAGUUCGUAGUCUCAUCCAUUAUUUUGGCUAAAAUAGUAAAUGAGAUCACUUGAGUUAAGUUUGUACUAAGUAAACAAGCUAUAAACUUUAACGUUCCAUUUAAAUUCUAUGUUUCCCAGGAGUAAAAUGGUUAUUUUAAGUGACACAGUAACUAAGUCAGAAGAUUCUGAGCAUGUUGUUUACCUGCACUGCAACAUUACCUGAUGUAAGCAUAGACAGAUCAGAAUGAUUCUUCCCCUGCUGUAGACUUCGGAAGAGAUUAGAUUAAAAAGAUAAUUGCUAGUGAAAGUGCAUAAUUUUGAGGUACUCUUUGCAAGAAAAUACAUUCAUUAUUAUCUUAUAUUUUAAUAUUCUAAUUAGUGGUUUAGCCAACUGCUUAUAAUUGCUUUUGAUAAAUCCUUUUAUGCAGCAUGUGUUUUUUUUUACCUCCUAACUAUUGCAUAAAAGGGAAUCCUAUCAAGUCUGUACAGACUGCUCUGUGUGAAUUAUUUAACCGAUUUUCAGUGGUGUAAUGAAAUGUUGGCUCUGAAGAAUUUCAUUGAAGUAUAAGUAAUGAUAUUGCAGAAUGGUAACUUCCUCAGUACUCUGUUACAGACAAAAUCAGGGCAUCUGUUAGAAGUACUGUCUUGCCUAUAAUGCAAAUGUGAUUACUCUCGGUGGCCACUUUAUUAGGUAUACCUAUGCUCCUGCUCAUUAAUGCAAAUAUCUAGUCAGCCAAUCACAUGGCAGCAACUCAAUGCAUAAAAGCAUGCUGACAUUGUCAAGAGGUUCAGUUGUUCAGAUCAAGCAUCAGAAUGGGGAAAAAAUGUGAUCUAAGUGACUGACCCUGGAGUGAUAGUUGGUGCCAGAUAGUAUCUCAGUAUCUCAGAAACUGCAGAUCUUCCAGGGUUUUCAUGCACAACAAUCUAGAGUUUACAGAGAUUGGACCAAGAAAAAAAAACAAACAAAAUCGAGUGAACUGCAGGACUGUGAAUGAAAACUCCUUGAGAAUGAGAGUGGUCAGAGGAGAUCAGCCAGACUGGUUCAAGCUGACAAGAAAGCAACAGUUGCCAUGCAUUACAGCAGUGUUGUGCAGGCCUUACCAGAUUCCACUGCUGUACCUAAUAAAGUGGUCACUGAGUCUAUAUGUGAAUUGAAUGUUUACAUAAUCUGCCAACCAAAAAAUUUAUCAAGAUAGGAUUUUAUUCUUAGAACUAAUUUCAAUCUAUCUAGAAAUCAAAAGCAACAAAAACCGUUAUAGGUUUUAUAUCCUGUUUGGUGAUUUUUAUUAAGAUUAAUGAUUUGUCUCCUUAUUUAUGGAGCAGACAUAGUGAGAUACAGCACACAAACAAGCCAUUCAUCCCAUUGGGCACCCCUUUGCAGUAAUCAUAUUUGACUCCCCACUCACCCACUCACUUCCAUUAACGUCCUUCAACUUAAUAAAGUAGUUUACCUACCAACUAGUUCAACCUACCAACCUGCACAGCUCUGGGGUCAGAACAUCCAGAAAAAAUCCACACAGUCACAGGAAAAAUGUACGAGCUCUGCACAGGCAUCACCCAAGAUCAGGAUCGAACCUGGAUUUCUGGAGCAGUGAGGCAACACCUGUACUGUACCAACCAGAAACUUCACGUCUGUGAGUUGCAAGCAGUUCAAAGACAGUUAACCAUGCUAAUACCUGGAAUUGCAGGUUAUGAGAAAGGGGUCAGUUGUCCUAUUGAUGGCUUAGGCUUACAUCUGGUGGAGUUAAAAAUAAGAUAGGACUUGACUGAAAUAUGACAAGUCCUGUUGUGCCUUGGCAGAGUGAAUGUAAAGAAGAUAAUUUUCAUGUGAGGAGAUCUAAAAUAAAAAAUCAUGUUUUAAACUAAGGGAUUGACCACUUAAAAUAGAUGAGGCAAAAUAUCUUUUUAGGUGUAUGUGUCUUUGAAGCUCCCUUCCUCAAAAUACACUAGUAACGGUCAUUGAAUAGUUUUUAAUCAGGUACUUGAUAAGUAAGGAGGUGAAAGGUUACGAAGGGUAUUUGUCAUGUAGAGUUGACAUUACAAUAUUUUAAUGAAUGACAAAAUUGGCUUGAAUGGACACAUAGCCAUCUCCUGCUUAUAAUUCAUAUUGAGUCGACCUUUACAAUUCACUGUUACUGGACACAAUUAAGGUAUUACAAUUAAUUCUGCAUUUUCCAAAAGCAUAGAAGCUCAUUCUUGAUUAUUGUUCAAUCAGCAUGCGAACCUUGGGCCAGGCUCUAUUCAUGUGUGUUGUAAAUUUCUCAAACCACAAAUUGCUUUUUGGGAAAGAUAUGCUUCAUUUUGUUUUCUUUAUCUGAAUAUUCUUAAUUAUUAAACAAGCUUUAAAGCUGAAUUAAGAAUUUUUAAAAAUAUUUAUUUCAUAAUAAGGGUUACAUUUGAAUAGAAUUGUUACUUAUACUCUUUACUAUCUUUGCAUCUAUUAAAAAUCAUUGAACUUUUUCAAAUAACUAGAUAUUUUCCGGAUAUUUUUAACUUGAGAACUAAUCCUUAGAUUUUGGCAUGAAAAGGGUGAAAACUGUUGUUCUGUGCUUUAAAACGAAUAAAGCUUUCUUACUCAUUAAAUAUUUUUGUUCUUUAACAAAUUGGGAGAAUUAAUUA